UCUCUCUCUCUCUCUCUCUCUCACUCUCAAUAUACGCCUGCUCUUCCUUUAAGAAUUUUUAUGACAGUAGAGUGUGCUUAACAGUUUAAGUGGAGAUAUGAUGGAAAGUGAAGACAAGAACAAGUCCAUAACUGAGAUGGAUGAAAGAGAAGCUACAAUUUCAGUUCCUGAGGAAGAGAAAUCCUCCGGGAUAACAAGAGAAUCAUCAAACGUUAAACAUUGGAGGAAACAGAACCUUUUCUUGGAGAUACCUAGCAGAACAUUGGAGGUAUCCCGUCAAGAGUUUGUUCAAAUAAAGAUGGCUCCUACGCCGACUCCAACUCCAACUCCCACUCCCAAAAGAGUGAAUUUCCUUUUAACGCCUAGUCCUUCUGAUGCAAAAUUUAGUGGAUCUCCUUAUCCUUCAUCCAAAGCCAGACCAUCCAUCAAGAAUUUGCUGCCAAAACUAAGCUUCAAGUACCGAAGUUCUAAUUCCGAUAUAGAAAAGGCUGGCAACCUUGAUUCAGGUUUGUCAACUACCAGGAAGCAAGAUAGUCCAUCCAUAUUGAGGUCAUGGUCACCAACAAAAAUUUUCACGCCUCGCAUGAAGAGCACGACAUCCUUACCUGUAACUCCAAUUGUACAUUCAAAUCCAGACUCUGUCCGUGAUGGACAUAUAAACGGAUCUGCACCCCUUGAUACAAAAUUUGCACAGCGGCAUUUGUCUAGAUCACUUUCUGUCCCAGACCUCAACAAAGACAAAAGCACCCGGAAAAUUGAUUCCUUCUUUCGUGUGAUUCCCUCAACUCCUCGAGUGAAGGAUGGCAUUUCAGAAGUGUCAACGGUGACCACACCUGGACCAUCUGAGAAUAAUGAAGAUGAUGGUGAAGAUAUACCUGAAGAAGAGGCUGUUUGUCGAAUAUGCUUUGUUGAACUAUGUGAAGGUGGAGAAAUGCUCAAGAUGGAAUGUAGCUGCAAAGGUGAACUAGCUUUGGCUCAUCAAGAAUGUCUUGUAAAAUGGUUUAGCAUAAAAGGCAACAAGAUGUGUGAUGUUUGCAAGCAAGAAGUUCGAAAUCUACCUGUCACACUUCUGCGUAUCCAAAGUACUAUAAAUCGCAAUACUAGAACAACUAGCUUUCGACAUAUAGAAAUCAAUGGAUACAGAGUUUGGCAAGAAGUGCCGAUUCUUGUCAUUGUUGGUAUGCUGGCCUACUUUUGUUUUCUUGAGCAGCUCUUGAUUAAUAAGAUGGGUGCAAGUGCAAUAGCCAUAUCGCUUCCAUAUUCUUGUGUGCUUGGUCUUCUCUCAUCUAUGACCUCUUCAACCAUGGUAAAGAGAAGAUUUGUGUGGGUAUACGCAUCCGUUCAGUUUGCUCUCGUUGUUCUAUUUGCUCAUCUCUUUUACUCCUUGGUUCAUGUGCAACCAGUUUUAUCAAUUCUUCUCUCAACAUUUGUGGGUUUUGGUGUUGCAAUGAGUGGAAGUUCUAUGCUCGUAGAGUUCCUGAGAUGGAGAAGGCGUGGACGUGAUGUUACAAAUCAGAAUCAAAUGAGUAGCCAAGUAGUGUUAAAUCAGACUAGGUGGCCUCAAAUGAAUCAAACUGCAACGUCGUCUUAUCAAACAGAAGCAGAAAAUCCAGAAACGUUUAGCGGCAGAUGAUCAGAAUCAAAUCAACAAUCUGCAAACUGAAAGAGUUCUUGUAUUUAUACAAAGACGCGGUAGAUUUUUCAGUAUGUUUGCAUAUUGUUUGAUCUCUUCUUACUACGUUGAAAUGAAAAAUUAGAGACUAUAGGCCAAAAAUGAUCAUGCGCAAGUCUCAAAUUUUCUUUGAAGCUAAAGGUUUGGAAGGGGAGCAGGAAGAUUGCUAUCUGUAUUGGCAAUUACCCCACACAUUCUCCUGUAUUUACUAAUCCUAGCUUCUCUAGAUUAUUUACCUUGUGCAAUUUACUGUAUAUUUCAGAAAUUCAUCACUAUAGUCAAUAAUUUUAUACGAGGAA